CCUCUUCCUUUUCCCUUUGCCCUUUUCCCUUUCCCUUUUCCUUCAGUAAGUAAAAUCCAUUCCCUUAAUCCUAAUAUAAAGGGUUUUCUAAACCCCUAGCGCUCCCCUUCCCUUCUUCUCCAAUGAAUUAAAGGUUCUCCCUUUUUUUCCCCCCCUAAUUUGAUUUCCCCAGAAACCCUAGAAUCCACAAUGGCCGAACACUUGGCCUCUAUCUUCGGUACCGAGAAGGACCGCGUUAACUGCCCUUUCUACUUCAAGAUCGGUGCUUGUCGUCACGGUGACCGCUGCUCUCGUCUUCACAACCGCCCCACCAUCUCACCCACACUACUUCUCUCCAACAUGUACCAGCGUCCGGACAUGAUCACUCCCGGCGUUGAUGCUCAGGGCCAGCCCAUCGACCCCCGCAAGAUCCAGGAUCACUUUGAGGACUUUUACGAGGAUAUCUUUGAGGAGCUCAGUAAGUUUGGCGAGAUCGAGAGCCUUAACGUCUGUGACAACCUCGCUGACCACAUGAUCGGCAACGUCUAUGUUCAGUUUAGGGAAGAAGACCAGGCUGCCGCUGCCCUCCAGGCUCUACAAGGUAGGUUCUACUCUGGUCGGCCUAUUAUUGCCGAUUUCUCUCCGGUCACCGACUUCCGCGAAGCAACCUGUCGUCAGUUUGAGGAGAAUAAUUGUAAUCGAGGUGGCUACUGUAAUUUCAUGCACGUUAAAGUUAUUGGGAGGGAGUUGAGAAGAAAGCUCUUUGGAAAGCACGGGGGCUACAGGGUGAGUCGUAGCCGGAGCAGGAGUGUGAGUCCACGCCAGAGGAGGGAUUAUGACAGACGUGAGAGGGACCAUCGGGACCGUGACCGAGACCGCGAUAGGGGUGACAGGGAUUACCGUGGUAACGGGAGAAGGCAGGACAGGCAUGAGAGGGAUGGUGGAAAGAGAAGACAUGGGAGUCCUCGGCGCAGCAGGAGCCCUGCUCGGGAUGCUAGGGAAGGUAGCGAGGAGCGUAGAGCGCGGAUUGAGCAGUGGAACCGAGAAAGGGAGGAGAAGCAGUAAAGGAAGCCUUUUUUCCUGUUGUGUUGUUAUUCUUCUAUCAGGGAGGCGUUUUAGUUGGCUCGGGCUAUUGAAUUUUUCAGCUAUCGGUAAUCGUUUCUGGGUUAUGAUGUUUACGCCCUCUGGAACAAACCCUGAAUUGAACCUUUCUUCCUUUUAUCCCUGAGUGGAACCGUUCUCACCUUACCUGCUAUAAUGGUCUUUAAUGGUGUCAGUUGUAGCAGCUCUGUUGAAUAGUUUUCCAGUUUAUGUUUAAAAUUAGUGCUUUGGUUGAACCUGUAGCUUAAUUCUUCAUUUUUCUUUGCCAAUAACUGUGAUGAGAUAAUUGUGUCUUUUGUGUUAUGCUUUGUAUUCACUUUAUAACCAAGUCUUAAACUCACAUCUAUUGUCUAUGCCCUGCAAACUGGUGUCUUCUUUUUUAUGACAUCUGGAGAACACCUUUUGCACAUUGCAUUUUCUCUGUUUGUUAAUCUUAGUUGAUAUCUUUCAGGAUUAUUUGACUACUUUUGCAGGUUCAUAGGUGUCACUGAUUACUUUAUUUGGUUCAGAUGGAUUUCUGCUUCUGCCAUAUUAUGUUAUGGGAGUUGCUUCCCUCCAAAUUGUUAAGUUGGGAUUAGAUGGGUGGUUUUGCAAUUAAGUCAAUUGAUUGUUCUGAGAUUCUACAAUUUGGUAAACCGUGGUGAGUGGUGAUUGCUCAUCAGUUGCUGUUUCUUUUUAUGAGAUAAAGGAUUCUUAGCGUUUACGUUCUAAUUUAUGCUAUACAGCUGAAUGUUACUUAGAAAGGUGAAUAACGCACAGAUAUUGCA